AUGGUGGAGGCUCCCGACGAGGGCGGACACACGACGCCGCCUGCCCACGGUGGUGGUGCAGCGGGCUCGUCAUCGGCACCGCCGGAGCUCUACCGCGAGUCUUCCGGGGGCCGGGGCCGGGGACGCGGCGGCGGCGGCGGCGGAGAGAGUUCUGCUUGCGGUAGCGACGACGACAACGACGAAGGCGACGACGGCGACGGCGACGUCGGGUCGCGGCCGGUCUCGAGCCCGGCACUGCUGGCGCUGCUGCUGAUGCUCAAGUCUUUCCUGAAGCACCUGUCCGCGCUGCGGCGAGGGGACCGGUUCUGCGAGGUCUGGCGCCAGUUCUUGUGCUGUCUGGAGAUCCUGCUGGGCACGGAAGGAAACGCUCCGCCCACGCUGGUGGAUGGUGCGGUGACCGGUCUCGGCGCAGUAGUAGGGGAGAUGAUCGGAGAAGGUCUGUUCGCUUCCGCCGCCGCCGCCGCCGCAACCGCCGGUGCUGCUUCUCCUGCUGGGGCCUUCGUUAGUGGUAGGCGUUUUGCGGCGCUCGUUGUGAGAAGAAGCAGCCGUUGUCGACGGCGUCUGGCGAUAAAUGGUAGGUAGUUGGUUACGUGGGCUAUUGCACUGCUGUUGUUGGUGUCGGUGGUGGGAGUUUUUUUUAUGGUCGUGUUGAUACCGUCAUUAUUGUCUUGUGUUAAAUAAUAUUUACGUUUUCUGUUGUUGUGCGAUGUUUUGUGAAUCGUGGAGGUUACCUGUGGCUUCUCCCCAUGCGUCUCGGGUUGUGUGCAUGUUUUGUUUUUCUCACUCCCGGCCGAUGUGAUGCGAUCGAAAACGAUACGGCCCGUGUGGUGAGGGGCUGGGGGUCUUGGUGAAGCAUGGAAUGUGGGGGAUGGGGUCCAUGGAGCGUCGCCCGCUUAUCUUUGGCCGAGCCCUUUUGUCGGGUACUACCGAGUGUGGGCGAAAGCUAGGUGUCUCGUUUUCUCGUGAGUCAAUGUUCGGCAAGCAGUUGAAAUGAGACCCCAAGAAAGCCUUCAAUCUGCCUUGUAAAUUCGACCUGUUACUCUUGUGCAGGAAGUCCUUCUGUCAGCGGCGUCGCAGCAAAGGCGCGCCCGUUCUCGUGCUUGUAAACCAGAGGUUGUUUUUGCUGACAUAGACCUACGCCGGUGUUCUUCCAUUAUGGUGUGGGGUCACGAGUCGACGUUUCUGUUUCGUCUGUGUGUACUCGGAUCGUGUUUGUUUGAGGCCAGGGACUUUUUUUGUCCGUUUAGCGGAUAGGUGUUAGGAGAAGACCACGAUGGGGAGCUUCCGGCAGGGGUUGACGAGGUUGGUGGCAAGACUAAGGUUGUGUACCGAACUAGAUAUUGUGCCUUGGGCCGGACACUGCUACAUGCGGCCAUCCGCUUUCCCCGUCAUAUUCUUGAACUGCUGUUGUCCGCCUCAGCGCGAGACGGCGAGCUCACUUACAGCAUUCACAUCUCUUGUUCCAAAUGCGUUCGUUCGCGUGGUUGGCGCGUUUUCAAUUGAAAGCUCUCUGAGCUAAAGAGCUGUGCAUCGGCAAGAGAAGUGGUGGUCAACUGCAACAUGUCAUGUACUACUGUACGGCACUAGUAGCGUUCCGCAGCUAUUGUCCUCAAGCGAGGGGUUCUUUGAUAUCCACGAAGGGGCGACUUCACAAGAUCGGACAGAUUGACCUGGUACAUUUUGAGGUCCAACCUGCCACGUUGCGGCCCGGAGAUCAAGAAACGGGUCGAGGCUCAGUUUCUUAUUUCGUUUGAUUGUCGAGGAUAUGGUUGUUGGGAAGAGUAUGUUAGUGUAAGGAUCCACCGCAGAGGUGUGUAUUUCAACCCAUUUUUCUAUUUUUUCGUGAAAAUGUGACCCUCUUGUUUGUUCACCAAACUUUUCUUUCCUGCGGGCCCGUAGUGUAUGGCGGUAGGAGAUCCCUGGGAGGAAGGAUGUGUGUGACCGGAAGGGAAAUCGUACAAUUGGCAAGGAAUCGCGUGCCUGCCUUGUGGUAUGAUGUUUUGGCCUUCGAUGGUUCUGCCCCUUGUUCGCCCACUCUUCUUGUAGAGGGGCAAGAAACCUUAGGGUGGGGUGGGGUGGAUGGAUGGUUGGACGCAUGUGUCACGCAAGCGACGUAAUUGGAGGAGAGGUUGCUAGUUGCUGCGUAGUU